AAAUUGGCGACACUGCAAUUAUCAGUGUCAAUUGUCUACAAUAAUUCAUUUUGAUAUUUACCUAUUUAUCUCUAUUCUCAAUAACCUCAAUAUUUUAUUUCUUUUAUAAUUUUUUUUCAACUGUUAAAACUGUUAUUCGAUGUGAAAACAAUGAAAGUUGAGGUCGACGAUGUGGUCUUACCUGGCGAUUUUUCAGAAGAAAUCGAUACAGCCGGUGAAAAAGGUAAGGUGAUUCUCGGACCCGGUUUACGAAAAGAAAUCGACAAGGUAUACAUCACGAAGGCCGGAGUGCUAAGAAAACGUGCGCCCAACACAUUUUGGGUGGACAGUUAUCAAAAACGGUAUGUGCCCUCGAGAGGCGAGAAUGUAAUAGGAUUUGUUGUUCAGAAAUCGGGCGACAUAUUCCGAGUGGAUGUCGGAAGUAGCUGCCCGGCUACUCUCUCUUACCUUUCCUUCGAGAACGCCACAAAGAAGAACAGACCUGAAGUUCAAGUAGGAGAUGUGUUAUAUGCCAAAAUGCUUGUAGCCAGCAAAGAUAUGGAACCAGAAAUUGUGUGUGUGGACUCACAUGGCAAGAAAGGUCGCUUAGGUGUUCUGAAUGAAGGCUUCGUUUUCAAAUGCUCACUUAAUCUAGUUAGAAAGAUAUUAAAUCCUAGUUGUCCGUUACUGGAAUCCAUAAAAAAUGAGUGGCCCUUUGAACUUGCUGCGGGUAUGAAUGGCAGAAUAUGGAUCAAAGCCAACACUAUGAGGGAGACCAUAGCAGUGGGAAAUGCUAUUUUGGCUUCAGAGUACUUAAGUGAUGAUGAAAUUAAAAAUAUGUGUACAAAUAUAGCUUCUAUUUUAGCUGGACAUGUAUCAUAGUUUGUUUUUAUAAAUUUAUACUUAAGGAAAUAAAAAUAUGAAACCUAA